UUUUUUACCUAAAUUAUUUCUUGCAAUGGUAUGAAGACCAUUGCUUUUAAAAUUAUACAUGUAAAAAAAAAAAAAUUCAUUUUCGAUAGAAGAAUUUAUUGGAAAAAACGGAGCUGCGUCCAUUCACUCUUGACUCGCACAAGCAUUGCUGGUUGCUCACUGAUUUUCGCUUGACAUUGGUGGUUCUACGAUGGGACUGAUUUUGUAGAGGAAUGAGCAGCAACUUCACUCAUGGUUGGAUGAAAGACAAGAAGGGGAAAAAGAAGGGGAAAACUUUCAGUCAAUUAAAUUAAAAAACAUGAACUUAUGAAGAAAAUGGAGGAUGCAGAGGUUAAGCCAAGUGGUAUGAUAGAUCAAGCUUUUCUCCCUAUUAUUGACUCAGCGGGAGUCUCUGCUUCUGUUGCUUCUACAGAUCCUUCAUCUACCGUUUGUAGAGCUGCCUCACAAGACAAAGAGAAAGACGAGGAAGCUUUCAUGGACCUUUCUGGUUAUAUAUUUUUGUGCAAUAGAGAGACAAAACUUGAUUGUUUCAGAUUUCGUGUUUUGGGGGUUGGUUCAAAUAAAAAGAAAAUGGUAGAAAAGAUUAAACCUGGAACAAAGCUGUUCCUCUUUGAUAUUGAGUUGAGGCUCUUGUAUGGGGUGUAUGAGGCAACAUCCUCUGGAGGAAUAAACUUGGAAGCACAUGCUUUUGGGGGCAAAUUUCCAGCACAGGUGAAAUUUCAAAUUUUUAAGGAGUGUUUUCCCCUGCAAGAAUCUUCUUUCAGUCACGCCAUAAAGUACAAUUAUCGCAGAAAGUUUGAACCCGAAUUAAAUGAUUAUCAAGUGAGGAGUCUAUUAUCCUUAUUUUGUCCCCUGACUGCAUCAGCAACAGCAGCAGUUGUGUCCCAUCCAUUGGCACCAUGUUUGGCUAAUGUUGGCUUGCCAAAGAUUAUGCCUGCCUUGGCUGUGAAAGAUCAGGUUAAGUCGCUGUCGUAUCCUCAGGAAGUGGGUUCAUCAAUGGCCAAUGUUUGCCCACUAAAUACUAAUCCUGCUUUUGCUAAGGAACAUCAGGAUGAACCCAAGCACCAGCCUCGUUUGUCUACUGCUUUUGUCAAUGAGCAAAAUACUGGUGAAGCUGUAGACAUUGAUCCAUCUGAGGACACCCAAGAUGAAUCUGACCGACAGGAUGAUAUUUCUGGUUUUAUAUUCAUGUGUGGUAGAAAUACAAAACAUGAUUGUUACAGAUUCCGUGUGUUUGGGCUUCCUUUGAACAAACAAGAAAUAAUAAAAAAUAUUAAGCCAGGGGCAAAGCUUUUCCUGUUUGAUUUCGAAGCAAAACUUCUGUAUGGUGUAUAUGAGGCAACAUCCACUGGAAUAAUGAACUUGGAGCCACUUGCUUUUGGAGGCAAAUUUCCAGCACAGGUGAAAUUUCGAAUUUUUAAGGAAUGUCUUCCCCUGCCAGAACCCUCUUUCAGACACGCUAUAAAGGACAAUUAUCGUGACAGAAAGUUUGAACCCGAAUUAAAUGAUCAUCAAGUGAGGAGUUUAUUGUCUAUAUUUCGUCCCCUACCUGCGUCAGUAACAGCAACAGUGGUGGCCCAUCCACUGGAAAAAGUGGGCCAGUCUUUUGCUAAUGUUGACAUGCCAAAGAUUACACCCGCUUGGGCUAUGGAAGAUCGGGUUAAGUUGCUGUCCUGUCCCCAGGCAAAAGUGGGUUCAUCAUUGGCCAAUCUUCCACCACCAAACACAAUUCCUGCUUUGUAUAUGGAACAUCAUUCUAAGUAUUCCUCGAUGCCCACUUCUGUGGAGAAUCCAUAUAUGACCAGAAUGCAGCACGUUCAUCCUCCACCAAUUGUGGAAUCUCAACGAGUCUAUGAACUUCAAAGUGCUCAGCGUGGAUGGCCUAGAACCACGAGCUUCAUGGAGAGUGCUCUUACAGUUGGAGAACCUAAACAGUUGACUGCUCCCAGUAAUGCAUAUUCUCAUCAAUCAUAUGUCACUCAAGGCAUUUCAACUGAUAUAUGGAAUCCAUAUCACAGGUAUGAAUCAAUGCGAAGUGGGGUUGUGUCGCAGCCACAUCUCAUGGAGCUAAAUGACAGGAAUUACCAAUUGUACUCAGGAGUAGAGCGAGGAAUGCUGCCACCUCACGAGAGUAGUGCUACACACAACUACUUCUCUGGCCCGUCAGCUCCUUAUGGUCCUCCUGUUCUGCAGCAAUAUGCUUCAUCAGAAGCUGCAAUACUGGAAGGGACUUCUUCCAUGUCAUACCAGCGUUCCCUUAUAAGACGUUAUGGGUAGACUUUUGAUCAUUAGGUUGUUAUCGGAAUGAUAUGCAUGUAAAAGAAUAUCACCAAUAGUCUCAACUCUCUUUCUGAAGGCAUCUGUUGUGCCCUGGAGGCAAAAUGUAGAUUACUUUUAGGAAGCUGGCCCUCUCUGUCUAAAAACUAAUAUUAUCAGUUGUGUGGCUAGUAGUGGUAAGCUUAUAAUUUGCUUUAUUCA